AUGGCGCUACGUGGCAGCAACGAUAAGAGGAGUAUCCUCUUGCGACGAAUGGAACAAUUAAAAGAAUGGGAGAAUAGCGAUACCAAUAAGGAAUCCAAUACCAUUAAAUCAUCGCGUCGUAGUAAAAUUAAAUUUGGAUUAGGAACUAUGUUUUUUGCUGCUGUUAGCGCUUUCGAUGAGACCGAAGUCAAGCGAUUGCUUAAACAAGGCGUUGACAUUGAUUACUGCAAUAAUGACGGCCUCACCGCCCUCCAUCAGGCCAAGCCACCAAUGCGCGUUGAUGGUGAUGGCACAUUUGGUAACGACAUCAACCAUUCGACUCGAUUACACCUUUCAGUAUUGGACAGGCUACAUGAGCAAGACAGUACCCUAUGUUAA